AUGCAAAGAGCUGCUGUGCUCCAGCUAGACAUCUGCAACUUCACGGGCAUGUCGCAGACGAUGGACGCGUUAGAGCUAGCAAACAUGGUGCACGACUUGUUCUCUCACUUCGACGACGCGGUCAGGCGAUGGGGCCUCUUCAAGAUGGACACAGUAGGCGACGCCUACAUACUCCAAGCUUCCAACUACCCGCCCUCUCACUUCGACGACAUGGUCCAGCUGGGAAAGGAGCUGAUUUGUAUCACGAAGAGGUUCAACAUAGCUGGAGUGGAGCUGAGCCUGCGGGUGGGGAUCAGCUUUGGUUCAGCAGCUGGGGCUGUCAUUGGCGUACAUCGCGCCUUCUACUGCGUUUAUGGAGACACGACCAAUACUGCUGCUCGGAUGUGUAAAGCUGCUCGUCCGAACCAGAUCAUGUGCUCGGAGAACUUUGCCUCUGCCAUCCUCGUUUUCCAGCCCAGCAAGGUUAUCUGCCGGCACGAAGGAAGCAUGCUCAUCAAGGGGAAGGGUGAG